CAAGCUUGCUGUAAAAAUCCCGGCAUUAAAGCCUUUUUUUGUGAGACGUGUACAGUCAGCGGGCAAGUUUGCACGGGAGUGACUCCUCCUCGCGGGGAUAAACGCUCUUUGUGCGACGUCACUUCCGGCGUCGGCUAACGGGAGAUAAGAGCAUAUUUACGCAGCCCUCGGAAAGAUAACGCCGCCGACACUUCAUGUCGUAAUAUAUAUAUACAUUUAUGUAUAUAUAUUCCAAACUUGGAGGGCGGCUUUGUUUACUUUGGCGUGUUUUUGUCCCGGCGGCCCGCCUAAAGACACGUCAGCGUCUCUCCGUGCGAUGCUAGCAGCUGUUAGCUCGUUAGCUAGCGCCUGUUAGCCUGCUCGCCAUCUAGCGCGCCUUCUUCUGCAGCGGUGGACGAGACGCUCUGGGUGUCAUGGCGGAUGGCAUCAUGAGCAAGGCCGCCACCAUGGAGAUCCCCAUCAACAGCAACGGCAACACAGGGACGCUGCCCGAGGACGACGGCCUGGAACAGGCUGCUAAGCUGCAGUGGCGUUUAGAUGAGAAGGUAGGAAGCUGCCGAGGCGCCAGGGACCUGCAGCAGGUGAUGGUGUCGGGUCCAAACCUCAACGAGACCAGCAUCGUGUCCGGGGGCUACGGGGGCACGGCGGAGGGAAUCAUCCCCACCGGCUCCAUCAAAGGUCCCAGCAUGCAUCACAGCAGCAGCAGCUCCUCCAUGACCGCGGAAGAUGGCGGCCGAGGCGUGGCGGUGGAGAAGCUGGAAACGGUGAAGAAGUGGGGUCUCAACACCUACAAGUGCACCAAGCAGAUGAUCUCGGAGCGUUUCGGCCGCGGAUCCCGGACGGUGGACCUGGAGCUGGAAGCCCAGAUUGAGCUGCUGAGAGACACCAAGCGCAAAUACGAGAACGUGCUGCGACUGUCCCGAGCGCUGACCAACCACUUCUACAACAUGGUGCAGACGCAGCACGCCCUGGGAGACACCUUCGCCGACCUCAGCCAGAAGUCCCCUGAGCUGCGGGAUGAGUUUGGCUACAACGCGGAGACCCAGAAGCUCCUUUGCAAGAACGGUGAGACUCUCCUGGGCGCCAUCAACUUCUUUGUUUCCAGCAUUAACACGCUGGUCAACAAGACCAUGGAGGACACCCUCAUGACCAUCAAGAUGUACGAAAACGCCAGGUUGGAGUACGACGCCUACCGGUCGGACCUGGAGGAGCUGAGCCUGGGCCCCAGGGACGCGGCGGCCGUGGCCCGGAUAGACGCGGCGCAGCAGCACUGCCAAGUCCAGAAGGACAAGUACGAACGACUCCGCUCGGACGUCACCAUCAAACUCAAGUUCCUGGAGGAGAACAAGGUGAAGGUGAUGCACAAGCAGCUGCUGCUCUUCCACAACGCCAUCUCCGCCUACUUUGCUGGCAACCAGGAGCAGCUGGAGCAGACGCUCAAGCAGUUCAGCAUCAAGCUGAAGCCCCCGGGGGCCGACAAGCCGUCCUGGCUGGAGGAGCAGUGAGGCGGGAGGGGGGGUGCGCCUCCUCCUCCUCCUCCUCCUCCUCGGAGACGCAAGGGUCCAGUUUCCCUUCCUGCCUCUAACGCUAUGUUGGUGUUUGUCAUGUUUCCUGGACUCCCGCAGAUGCUAUCAAACGCUGCCACCGGGUGGCGCUCCAAUCCACCACGCGUGGGAGAGGAAUGUCAAGACAUUUCCAAUCAAUGUACGUGAACAAUUCUUUUGUUGACUGAGCCGGAGACAUGACUAGCAAACGUUUGGCAAACUGACUUGAAACCACUUUAUCUUAUGAUUUGUUAACAUUCUAAUAUUUAUAUUAGCUUCCUUGUUGAACACUAAUGAGUCAAUAUUUAGUUUGUCUGUCUCGGUAGAACGAUCACAGUCAAUUUAUUAUUAUGAUCGCGGGUUUUUUUUCUUCCCCUUUUUAAAUCGGUUAGAGAGUCGGUGCAUUGUUUGUAGUGGGGGUGCGAUUCGAUUCAACAUGAUUUCGGUUCAAACCGAUUUUCGCAAUGUAUUGUUUGGUAUGAUAAUUAUGAUGGAACGUUUUCAAAACACAUUUAAAUUAUUAUUAUUCUUUUUUUUUUAAAAUUGAUUCUUGAAAAUUAUGAACCGGGAUGAAUUAGAAUCCAUUUUUUUGUGCACCAGUAAUUGUGAAAUGGCGUUAAAAGAGCGGGAACUGAACUAACCUCCGCAAGUUCCGAGGCAAUUGGAAGAUAUUUGUGUGUGUUCCACCACCAGGCUGCAUUUCCUCUUCCGGCUUUGCCUCGCAGGCUAACUAACUCACAGCCAUUCCAAUCUUCUAGAAAGUCAAGUGCGUGUGAUGACCAGCGUGGUUGUUGUUGUUUUUUUGUAUUCUGUGCAUUCGGAGACAAAGGUGACGUCAAAGGUGUUUUUGGCAGGCUGACAAAAAGAGUUGAACUGAAA